AUGAAGAGCCCUCCGUCGGGGGUGAAGCUGGUGAUGGCGGCCGUGUGUGUGAUGAAGGAGCUGAAACCGGAUAGAAUUGUUGAUCCUGCUGGGACUGGACAGAAGGUCAGGAACUGCUCUACCUCUUUUUUUAUUUAAAAAAUAACAUUUGUUUGCUUAUAUGUUUAAUUAUGUUUUCUUACCAUUUUAAUAGAUUCUUGACUACUGGGGUCCGAGCAAAAAGCUUCUUGGAGACAUGAAUUUCCUACGAGAUCUGAAAGAGUACGACAAGGACAACAUCCCUGUGAGUCCCUGUGAAAAAAUAAAUGUGUUGAUUGCAUUUAAACUGAAGUAUCAACGUAAAUCUAUAUACUUUUUCAAUGACUCUUCUCUUUUCCCGGCUAGGUCCCUGUGAUGCAAAAGAUCCGCAGUGAGUACAUGACUAACCCUGACUUUGACCCCACCAAAGUGGCCAAGGCCUCCUCUGCCGCCGAGGGCCUGUGCAAGUGGGUCACUGCCAUGGAGAUCUACGACAGAGUGGCCAAGGUAGUGGCCCCUAAGAAGGCCGGUCUGGCCGAGGCUCAGCUGUCUCUGGCCACCACCAUGUCCCUGCUGAACCAGAAGAGAGCUGAGCUGAAGGAGGUGGAGGACCGUCUGGCCCUGCUGCAGAAGACCUUUGAGGAGAAGACUGAGGAGAAGGCCCAGCUGGAGUUCCAGGUGGACCUGUGUGCCCGCAAACUGGAGAGAGCCGAGAAACUCAUCGGAGGCCUGGGAGGAGAGAAGACCAGGUGCUGUGGAUGAUGGAAUUGAUUAGAUAGAUUGACAUAUGUUUCUAUUGGUUUGUGUAGGCCAUUAGUACCUGAGGUCUUUGCUAUGUCCUGAGGGACUGUGUUUUCCCUCUGCAGGUGGUCCAAAGCAGCAGAUGACCUUCAGAACACCUAUGAUAACCUGACUGGUGACGUGCUCAUCUCAGCUGGCGUCAUCGCCUACCUUGGAGCCUUCACUGCUGGCUUCAGACAGAACUGUGCCAAGAUAUGGACCAAGCUCUGCAAGGUACUGGUACAUACAGCAGCACCUCAACACAACAGCAAUUUAUUGUCACCAAUCUUAAUCUCGUUAUUUAUUCCUACCCCCCAGUCUAAAAACAUUCCGUCAUCAGAUGACUUCUCCCUGAGUAAGACCCUGGGAGACCCCAUAAAAAUUAGGGCGUGGAACAUCUCAGGCCUGCCCACCGACAGCUUCUCCAUAGACAACGGGGUCAUCGUCAGCAACUCCCGCCGGUGGCCCCUGAUGAUCGACCCCCAGGGCCAGGCCAACAAGUGGGUGAAGAACUCUGAGAAGGACAACAACCUAAGCGUGAUCAAGCUGACGGACGGAGACUACAUGAGAACCCUGGAGAACUGCAUCCAGUUCGGGACCCCUCUGCUGCUAGAGAACGUAGGGGAGGAGCUGGACCCGUCGCUGGAGCCCCUGCUGCUCAAACAGACCUUCAAACAAGGUACCGAACAGGGUGGCACGCUUUGAUGAAUGUCAUAUUAUGUUCAUGGAUUUAUCGUGACAUACUGGUGUCAUUUGAUCACAGAGUAUUUGUUUGUGUCACCCAGGGGGCAUGGACUGUAUCCGGUUGGGGGAGAGUGUGAUCGAGUACUCGUGUGACUUCCGGUUCUACAUCACCACUAAGCUGCGGAACCCCCACUACCUUCCGGAGCUAGCCACCAAGGUGUCCCUGCUCAACUUCAUGAUCACCCCUGAGGGCCUCGAGGACCAGUUGCUGGGCAUUGUGGUCGCCAAGGAGAGGUGUGUGGUGCAACACACGCUACACUACUCGCUAUGCUGUGGAGAUCUAUCAUUAUUUAUAAUGGAUCAUUUUCCAGUAAUUAAGUUAUAAACUCUUAAUCUGUCUACCAGAUACGCCACAGACUGCACAAAAAGCAUUGAUCUGUUUACGACCAAUCGUACUGUUAGAGUAUAUGAUGAAGAUCGAAAUCUAGAAGGCUAACCCCUGUCCUCAUGUCUCUCUCUUCAGGCCGGAGUUGGAGGAGGAGCGGAACGCCCUGAUUCUGCAGUCUGCGUCCAAUAAGAAGGUCCUGAAGGAGAUCGAGGACAAGAUCCUGGAGACACUGUCGUCAUCCGAGGGGAACAUCCUGGAGGAUGAGAGCGCCAUCCAGGUCCUGGACUCGGCCAAGAUCAUGUCCAACGAGAUUUCCAAGAAACAGCAGGUCUGGAACACGCUGGAAGAAUACAGUCAAAAUGGUGUUGAAAGCCAAUUAGAAUGAGAUGGUCUUAAACUAACUUCUACCCUAUCUCCCAACCCCCAGAUUGCUGAGAAGACAGAGGUCAAGAUAGCAGAGUCUAGGGAGGGGUACAGAGCCAUUGCCAAGCACUCCUCCAUCCUGUUUUUCAGCAUUGCUGACCUGGCCAACAUAGACCCCAUGUACCAGUACUCCCUCAGCUGGUUCGUCAACCUCUACAUCAACUCCAUACAGGACAGGUGAGAAACAUGCUCCUACACAGAUAACAAGGGUUUAGACCUCAUGAGUCAUUGGUUAAGGAAUAUGAUGUACAGUUAGACCGAAGCUCCUUUGUGUCCUAGGUAACACAUGGCAUCUGUGUUUCAGUAACAAGUCCAAGAUCCUGGAGAAGAGGCUGAGGUACCUCAUCGACCACUUCACCUACAACCUGUACUGUAACGUGUGUCGCUCCCUGUUUGAGAAGGACAAACUGCUCUUCUCAUUCCUACUCUGCUCCAACCUCCUCCUGUAAGUCUAUACCACACACUGAGGACCCACAUUUAAGAUGGAGUUUUGUGAAAUGAGUGAAGUACUUCAUUUAUUCAAAUAAAAUUGUAUUUAAGCAUGCUAUUUAAGAUAAGGUGGGAUAAACGUUUUUUUUUUUUUUUUUUUUUUUUCAGAGCGAAGAAGGAGAUAGAAUAUGGUGACUUUAUGUUCCUGCUGACUGGAGGGGUGGGUCUGCAGAACAACGUCCCCAACCCAGACCCCCUAUGGCUGCAGGACAAGAGCUGGGACGAGAUCUGCCGGGCCAGCCACCUGCCCAACCUCCAGGGACUCAAGUAUGACAUAGACAAACUGCUGAGCUUGCCUCUUUUUGUUUUGGGGGAUUGGAUAUUUAUUCAGUGUUUUUUUUCUGCUAAUACUCAAAUAUGGAAUUUGUCGUCCCUCUCUAUGAUUCUCAUAGGGAGAGUUUCAUCAAGAUCCCAGAUAAGUUCUUGGUCAUCUAUGAUAGCAAAGAGCCCUAUAACACCAAUCUGCCCAAGCCCUGGUGUGACUGCCUCAAUGACAUGCAGAAGAUGAUCAUUUACCGCUGUCUCAGGCCAGACAAGGUUAGAGAGAGAAAUAAGCCAUUCCCUAUUUACUGUUGCUGUCCACCUAAAGUCAACGCAAAGAAGACACUCUAAAAUCAAUACAGAGGACGCGGCCAUAUCAUAUGCUUGCAUGUAUGAUUACUCUUAUUUGCUACUCCAUAUGUUUCCAGAUUGUGCCGGCCAUCACGAACUAUGUGACUGACAAACUGGGGAAGAAGUUUGUGGAGCCGCCUCCCUUUGACCUGAGUAAGAGCUACACAGACUCCAAUUCCACCAUCCCUCUGGUGUUUGUGCUAUCUCCUGGAGCCGACCCCAUGGCCAGUAAGUAGUAUCCGACUGAUCUCAUACACAUACCUCACACCUGUUACUGCUUUUGUUUGAUACGGAAAAUGGCUCUUUUAAACCUAGACUUUGUCCCCUGCCCCACCCCCCACCCCUCUUCCAGGCUUGCUAAAGUUUGCCAACGACAAGAACAUGGGCGGAACCAAGUUCCAGUCCAUCUCCCUGGGCCAGGGCCAGGGCCCCAUCGCUGCCAAGAUGAUCCGCUCGGCCAUGAAGGAGGGCACCUGGGUGUGCCUGCAGAACUGCCACCUGGCCGUCUCCUGGAUGUCCACCCUGGAGAAGAUCUGUGAGGACUUUAGCCCAGAGACCUGCCACCUAGACUUCAGACUGUGGCUCACCAGCUACCCCUCGCCCAAGGUAGGGUACAACACUGGAUCCAGCCUGGUCAACCAGUAUACAAUAGGAUGAUAGGCAUCCAUGAUGUGCAUUUGUAACCAUUUUCCCUGUGUCAGUUCCCAGUGACCAUCCUGCAGAAUGGGGUGAAGAUGACCAACGAACCGCCCACAGGUCUCAGGCUCAACCUGCUGCAGUCCUACCUGUCAGACCCCGUCUCAGACCAGGACUUCUUCAACGCCUGCACAGACAAAGAACUGGUGAGUGGUGACAUGGUUCACACACACACACACACACAGACACACAUACGUGGUCCUCUGUAGCUCAGUUGGUAGAGCAAUGCCAGGAUAGUGUUCUUGCAAUGCCAGGAUAGUGGGUUUGAUUCCCGGGGCCACCUAUAUAUAACAAAUAUUAUUAUUAUAUAUUUUAUUACACACACACACAAAUGCUGUCGCUGAUUGUUCCUCUGGUUGUUUCUAGGUGUGGGAGAAGCUCUUGUAUGGAGUUUGCUUCUUCCACGCUCUGGUUCAGGAGAGGAAGAAGUUUGGUCCUCUGGGCUGGAACAUCCCCUAUGGGUUCAACGAGUCUGACCUGCGCAUCAGCAUCAGACAACUACAGGUAGUAAUACACAUCAACUCAGGGCUGGAGUAUUUGAGAGAGAUUGUCAUUUUUAAAAGACUGUGGUCCUAAUGUGGUUGUUGAAUAUAAAUAUAUGUGAUUGCAGAUUGUGUGGUUCCCCUCUCUCACCAUGUUGUUUGUGUCCCUCCUCCUCCAGCUGUUUGUGAGGGAGUAUGAUCAGGUGCCGAUGGAAGCCAUCACCUACCUGACAGGGGAGUGUAACUAUGGGGGCCGUGUGACUGACGAUUGGGACAGGAGGCUACUGAUGACCAUCCUGGCUGACUUCUACAACAAGGACAUCAUUGAGAACCCCCGCUACACCUUCUCCCCCAGCGGAAAAUAUUACGCCCCGCCAAAGUCCAACUACGAGGACUACAUUGAGUUCAUACGGGUGAGCAGGAGUUAGACAGGGAAGGAAUGAGACAUUCAUUCAUCAGGUGUACAGCUGUGUGUUGUCAGCAUAGCUAUGAGAAUCAAUACCAUUCUGUCUGAUAACAUUACCAUGUACAAAGUGAACAGAAUUGGACCCAGAAUGGAACCUUGCGGGACGCCGCAUGGCUCACAUUCAUGCAUUCCAUCAUGUUUUCAAUCUUGUGUUGUUGUCUUCAGAACCUUCCAUUCCUCCAGCACCCGGAGGUGUUUGGGAUGCAUGAGAACGUGGACAUCUCCAAGGACCUGCAGCAGACCAAGCAGCUGUUUGACUCCCUGCUCCUCACCCAGGGAGGAGGGGCCAAGGGAGGGGCCAGCUCCGGGGGAGACAACACCCUCUUCGACAUAGCCAAUGACAUCCUCACCAAGGUAAAGCCAAACCAGUCCUUGUACUGCUGAAAUGUACGGCUUUUUUCCCCCCAUAUAUUUGUCAUCCGACUCAAUGAUUUUAAGUUAGUUUCAAGUUUUAUUAGUCGUAUGUACAGGAUAUGCAUAGUAUACAUUGUCCAACAAAAUGCUUACUUGCAGGUUCCUUCUCAACAAUGCAACAACAAUAAGAAAUAAUAAAAUAUAAGAAUACGGACAUAAAGUAAAUGGUAGUAGAAUAGAAUAAACAUUUUAGCAUAAGUAUAAUACAGGAAGGCACAAUAUAUAGUCCAAUAGUUACAUGUGUAUCGGGGAAGGGGGGGAUGUGGGGCAAGUGUAUAAAUUGAGCAGUAUAAUAAGAGUCUGGUAGCAGCAGUUGUGAUGUGUGUGUGUGGGUGUGUGCAUGAGUGAGUGCACUUGUGCCAAGGUGUGGCGAAUCAGAGCAGGUGGUCAGUUAGGUCACUUGUUGUCUGUUUCAUGUAGCUUCCAGCUAACUUUGACAUGGAGGCUGCUCUGUUGAAGUACCCUGUUCUGUAUGAAGAGAGCAUGAACACUGUACUGGUGCAGGAGAUGGAGCGCUACAACACGUAUGUCAUCUCAUCACACACCAAAAAAAACACACCUCAGAAAAACAACUCAAUUCCGAUGUAAAUCUUAAUGUAGAUUACCAAAACCCACAAUACUCCAUAACUUGAUUCCCGGUUUUCCGUAAUACAGCAUUAGGAUCAUAUCACUGUCUUGCCUUCCAGGUUGGCGGUUACCAUCCGUGUGAGCCUGCAGAACCUACUGAAGGCCAUCAAGGGCCUGGUGGUGAUGGAUGCUGAGCUGGAGGCCCUGUCAGGCAGCCUGAUGGUGGGCAAGCUGCCAGAGAAGUGGGCCAAGCGCUCCUACCCCAGCCUCAAACCCCUGGGCAGCUACAUCACCGACUUCCUUGCCAAGCUCAAGUUCCUGCAGGUCAGUCCAUUAGCAUCAGUAUUGUUUUUAAAUCCAUCAUCAGCAUGUAUUCCGUUUUCUCAUGAAGAGGGAACUCUUCUGUUUUGUUAACUAAUGUGUUCUCCCUUGCAGGACUGGUAUGAGAGCAACAAGCCCCAUGUGUUCUGGCUGUCUGGGUUCUUCUUCACCCAGGCCUUCCUGACCGGGGCUAUGCAGAACUACGCCAGGAAAUACUCCAUCCCCAUCGACCUGCUUGGCUUCGACUUCGAGGUCACGCAAACGGCUGAAUUAGAAGCGAUUUUUGUUUUUUGAGGCAUUGUUGUUAACAAGUUGUUACUUAAAAAGACCACUCCUCCUCUUGUUUGUCUGUUUUGAUUAGUCUUUUCCUUCCCUCUCCUUCGUAACAGGUUCUUCCCAUCGACACCUCAAACUCCUCUCCUGAAGACGGCGUCUACAUCCACGGUCUGUUUCUGGACGGCGCUCGCUGGGACAAGAAUAGGUAGAAGACACUCUCAAACAAGGGUUUUCUUAAAAUUAUACCAGAGAGUGAAGUGAACUGAGACUGAUCUCUCCCCCUCACAGUGGAGUCCUGGCUGAGCAGCAUCCCAAGGUUCUUUUUGAUACAGUCCCCAUCAUCUGGAUCAAACCAAGUAAGUUUGUCUCUCAUCCAAAAUAAAUAAGAAAUCAUGGGAAAGCUAUAUUGGUAUAACUAUAACAAGACAUUCAUGGCUCUUUUGGUGUUUAGGUUUUUGGCUUCUCUAUGCACUUCCUAGACAUUGACAGCUCUGUCUACGUAGGAAUGCAUAUUGGAGACAUAGAGGUGGCAGGGCUCAGGGAAGGAGAGUAGAAAGAGAGAGAGAGAGUACGAGAGAGGAGAGGAGAGAGAGAGCGCUAGCUCGACGAGAGUAUAGAGAUGAGCUAGCUAGGAUACGCUCAUCUAGUAUAUAGUCUAGAGAGAGAGAGAGAGGAUGCUAGCAGAGAUGCGCUAUGUAUAGAGAUAGAACGAGAGAUGUCUCUAUCCCUCUCUUCUCUUCUUCUUUUCUCUCUCUCCUCUCUCCAUCUCUAUCUCGUAUUCUCUCUUCUCUCUAUCUCUCUCUAUCUAUCUCUUCUCUCCUCUCUCUCUCUCUCUCUCUCUCUCUUCUCUCUCUCUCUCUCUCUCUCUCUCUCUCUCUCUCUCUCUCUCUCCCCAGUUGAGAAGAAGGGCAGUGACCUUCCCCAGACCCUGUAUGUGUGUCCGCUGUAUAAGACCAGCGAGAGGAAGGGCACCCUGUCCACCACAGGCCACUCUACCAACUUUGUCAUCACCAUGAUGCUGCCCACCAGCAAGCGCCCGCAGCACUGGAUCAAGAGAGGCGUGGCCAUGCUCUGCCAGCUGGACGACUGA